ACGAUUCUGUCCAAGGGUGCAAAGUUAUUUCGUCGUAAACUCUCGUUAAAAUUGGAAAUAAUUUGUUAGAAAAAUGUUGCGUAUCGUGGCAGGACGCGUUGGAUCUUCCUUAAGGAACGCAACGAUACCUCGUGCAACGAUUAUCGGCACACAAUCCUUGAGAAAUUCUCACACGACCGAAACCGAUGAAGAAUUCGAUGCACGAUAUGAAAAAUAUUUCAAUCGGCCUGAUAUCGACGGCUGGGAGGCUCGUAAAGCUAUGAACGAUUUGGCUGGUAUGGACAUGGUACCUGAACCCAAAAUUAUCUGUGCAGCGUUGAGAGCUUGUAGACGAUUAAAUGAUUUUGCCCUGGCUAUUAGGUUUUUGGAAUCCGUUAAAGAAAAAUGCGGUCCAUAUGUCGAUACUAUUUAUCCAUAUAUUCUUCAAGAGAUAAAGCCUACCAUGGAUGAAUUGGGUAUUAAUACUCUAGAAGAAUUAGGAUAUGAUAAACCGGAAUUAGCCCUAGAAGAUCCGAACAAAAUGUAAUUAAAAAUGUAUUCAUUUCAACUUUAGUAUUUAUACUAAAUGAAAGUGCAUCUUUGUCAAGUUUCUCAUUAUUUAUGAAUGAUUAAACCAUUUUCGAAUGAAAUGUACUUUCAAUAGAUCUAUUUAUAAAAAUGUUUCUUAAUCGAAUAAACAAAUUGAAAUUGUCA